AUGAUCGCGGGCACGCUGGUCGCGGCCAUCAGCUGUUGGUCGCUGUUCGCCGCCGGCGCCAGACAAGGUUCCAACGGGCGUCCGGGGCACUUCGACGGAGACCUCGUCCGGCGGUACCGCGCCAACACCGCCGGCGGCGAACGCUGCUGCACCGGACAAUCCCUGUCGAAUGCACCGGCCUUCGCCGACGACGCUGCGAAUCCCGAAGAGAUUCCAUUGGAUGUCAUAAUGGAAUUGAACCAGGUGAUAAAUGUUUCAGAAUUAUUCACUAAAUUUAUGCCAGAUACUAAUAUGGAUGAAGCUCAAAGACGUUUUAUCACAACAGGUUUUCAAAGUCGUACUACGUUAAAUUUGGAAAGAAAAGCAGCAUUUAUACCAAAGCCGGCUAGUUGUUCUAUUGAAAGUCAAACGAUCAGCCUAAAGGAUACUGAUGAUCGAAGUUUAUAUUAUUUCCCUUCGUGCACGCGAGUUGAUCGAUGCGGAGGUUGUUGUAGUCACGAUUUAUUGGCUUGCCAACCGACUAAAAUUGAGACACUUCACUUCGAAGUAUUGGUAUCGCAAUACAAUGGAGCAGGAAAAUUAGAAUUCAAAGGUAGAAAAACAGUGUCAAUAGACCGACAUUUGAAGUGUAAAUGUGAAUGCAUCGUUAAAGAAGAAGACUGUAGCCCAUUGCAAGUGUAUAAUCGCAAAGAAUGCCGAUGUAAGUGUAGCAAUGAAGAUGAUGAAGAUAAGUGCAACGAUGAAUACGAAUUAAAGCAAUGGAACUCUGCGACAUGCAAGUGUGAAUGUCGUGAAAUUAAGGAAUGUACUUCAGGAUUUGGAUUUGAUACUUAUACUUGCAGGUGUGAACCUUUGAGAAUAAGAACAAAGAAUACUGGUACUCAUUUGAACAGAAACAAAUAUUCGUUAGUAAUUUCAUGAGCUCCAUUCUCCCAAAAAAGAUACUAAUGGGAAAUAUUGUACAUUAUAUAAUAAAUAUAGAGAACUGAUCGCUCUGUUAUUUAUAUUAUUUACACUAUUAUUUAAGACUAUUAAAGUAUUAUGUUAUAUAAAUGUUGUUUACCUAAAUUCUUGUUCAUAGAAAAAUGUUAGUUUGAAAGAUGAUUGUAAUUUAAAAGCGAA